CUUUUUUCAGAUUCAUUAUCCUGCCCCAUUCCAGCUUCCAAUUGUUCCUAGUUUUCAUUCGUAAAAUAAAACAAAUUUCCAUAGCGUUCGAGUACACUGAAAAUCAAUCAGUUAAUAUAUUGAAAAGAACUACUAUCAUAAUCUCAAACUCACUUCCGCAAGCAAUUAUUCCGAAGAUUGAAUUUGGUGUUUGGAAUCAGAAACCCUAACCCUAAACUAUGGCGUCGAGAAAAAAGCCUGCAGAAGGAAUCGCUUUACUCUCCAUGUAUGCCGACGAAGAUGAUGAAGAUCUCGAUCAUGAACAACAACAACAAGAAGAUGAUGAUAACGAGUAUAGGGAACCAAAUGAAACGGGACCUGAUGCUAUGGUUACUGAUGACUUACCUAGUAAUGAAGCUGUUCUCAAUCAGAAUUUGACUCCAAAAGACGGCCUAUUGCGUUCUUUAACGCCGCAGGUUCCGUUCUCAUCCUCGUCACCGCAGUUGCAGCAACAGCAGAAAAGGAGAAGCGGGAGAGGAAGGCUUACCAUUGUCGACUAUGCUCACGAUGAAGUUGCAAUGUCUCCUGAACCUGAUGACGGUGAAUUUGAUGAGGAGCUUCAAACUGCUAGUGCAGGCGAAGAAAAAACACCUCCAGGAACUGUUCAGAUCUUAACCCCUAGUGUUCAUGCAACUCCUCAAUCAUCAGAACAUGUAGAAACAUCACAACAUGAUGAAAUGAAUGAUACUGUUAAUCAAUUAGAAGCUGCAGAGAAUGAAGGUACUAAUAAUGUUCCUGCAGAAAAUGUUGAUCCAUUGGGUAAAUUUCUUCCUCCGCCACCAAAAGAGAAGUGCCCGGAGGAAUUACGAAGAAAAAUAGAUAAAUUUAUUUCUUUGAAGAAAGAUGGGAGAAGUUUUAAUGCAGAAGUUCGCAAUAGGAAGGAUUAUCGGAACCCUGACUUCUUACUGCAUGCAGUGAGGUACCAAGAAAUUGAUCAGAUUGGCUCUUGCUUCAGUAAAGAUGUAUUUGACCCUCAUGGAUAUGACAAAAGCGACUUCUUCGAUGAAAUAGAAGCUGAUAUGCGUCGUGAAAGGGAGAGGAAGGAGCAAGAGCUGAAGAAGAGUCCUAAGGUUGAAUUUAUUUCAGGAGGAACUCAGCCUGGACAGGUUGUGCCGCCAUCAAAGUUUAGCAUGCCUAUUCCAGGUCUAAAGCCAUCUUCUUUGAAUGUAUUGCUGCUGCUGCUAGUGGGUUGCAUUCUGCAUCAGAUGCUGUUGCUCGGGAUGGUAGACAGAACAAGAAAUCAAAAUGGGAUAAGGUGGAUGGUGAUCUUAGAAAUCCUCUACCAACUGGUGGGCCGGAUUCAUUGGCCACGGUGGCAGCCCAGUCCGCAAUAUUAUCUGCAGCUAAUGUUGGUGCUGGAUACACAGCUUUUGUGCAGCAGAAACGGCGAGAGGCAGAAGAAAAAAGAUCCAGUGAGAAGAAGUUGGACAGAAGAUCUUGAGACUCAUUUCUCUGGGAGGAAUUCCACAGCAUUUAGAGGAAGGAUAAAAAUUGCUCUAACAAUCAUGGGUUUAAUGUCUUCAUGUACUGCCUGCAGGGUAUUGGAUCGUAACUCAUGCACAACAAGUAGGAAGUUCUAGAAGGAAAUGGAACUUAUGAACUAGGUGGCAUCAACUCAAUUGACAUGUUCACUUUCAGCCAAUCUAUAUAUCGUAUAGGCAUUCAGAAACAAAAACAUUUGACCAAAGCUGCUAUGUAUGAAAUAAGUAGUUGUAUCUUGCAGAUAAUGUAUUAUGGCACGCUGUUUUAUGUUCGAAAAGUGUGGCUUUUGGCUGGCAGCUUUUCCCUUUC